CGCUGAAGGAGGGAGAGCUCUUUAAAUAUGGAAAGGCGGCGCGGAGACAGAAGUGCCGUUAAGGGCGAACAGGCAGGAAAGGCGUUCCUCCCUUUUUGAAACUGUCCAGAGAAUCUGAGUUAUGACUGACAGGGAGACUGAUCUCACCGCAGUCUGUAGAAACAGUGAAACCCGUUAGGUCCACACAGAUAGAAUACUAGCAGGUCGAACUGAGUAAACUUCUCCGGAGUGUCCGGAUCCGCCGCUGGAUUCCAGCUCGGCUCUCUGCGGCUUCGCAAAAUUUCGACACACACCAGAGAGAGCGCGUUUCUUCACACUGACAGGACGGCUUGUGUUACUCUGAGACACCAUUACGCACUUGAGCACAUCGGGAAGAGGGAGGACACCCGAAAUGAGUCAUAAAAACAAGGUGGACGAUGAGGCUGUGGUGGACAGAGGUGCCUCGUAUGUCAAACACUGUGACAAGGAGGAGCUUGAGAGCCAUCACACAGUGUACAUCGGUGUCCACGUGCCCAAGAGCUACCGUCGCCGACGGAGACACAGAAGACGUCCGGGUCACAAAGAAAAGAAGGAACGAUUAAACGAAGGAGUUGGCGACAAAUCGGAUACUGAAAAUGUGGAUGACUCCGCCUCCAGCAUCCUCAAGCCUCUCAUCUCUCCGGCAGCCGAACGCAUCCGCUUCAUUCUGGGGGAAGAGGAAAGUGGACCUCCGCCUCCACAGUUAUUCACUGAGCUUGAUGAGCUGCUUACUACUGACGGCAACGAGGUUGAGUGGAAGGAGACGGCCAGGUGGAUCAAGUUCGAGGAGAAGGUGGAAGAGGGUGGAGAGAGGUGGAGUAAGCCUCAUGUCGCCACUCUGUAUCUGCACUCACUGUUCGAGCUGAAGAAGUGCAUAGAGAAGGGCACUGUCAGGCUUGACAUGGAGGCCAACUCACUGCAGCAGAUUGUUGACAUGAUCACGGACACUCAGAUAGAGACGGGGCUGUUGAAGGCCGAGUUGAAGGAGAAGGUUACGUUCACGCUACUGCGUAAACACCGCCAUCAGACCAAGAAGUCCAACCUGCGCUCGUUGGCUGACAUCGGACGAACUGUAUCGAGUGCAAGUAGGCUGUUUUCAAACCAAGAGAAUGUACGUAGUUCUGUUGACCGCUCUGUGCCACGCUUUAGCGUCUCUGAAAUUGAAGGCCAAAUACAGAUGCAGAGAAGCAACAGCACGGGUCUGCUCUGUAGUCAAACUACAAUGCCCCACAACUUGACCUCCAGCAGCCUUAAUGACCUCUGCGACAAGCCUGAGAAGGACCAGUUGAAUAAUAAGUUCAUGAAGAAGAUCCCGCGGGAUGCGGAGGCAGCUAACAUCCUGGUGGGUGAAGUGGACUUCCUCGAUGCUCCUUUUGUGGCCUUUGUGCGGCUCCAGCAGGCCGUCAUACUUGCAGGGAUCACUGAAGUCCCUGUGCCUACACGAUUUCUGUUUGUUCUCUUGGGACCCAAAGGAAAAGGCAGAUCAUACCACGAGAUCGGUCGAGCCAUUGGUACCUUAAUGUCGGAUGAGGUGUUUCAUGACGUUGUAUACAAGGCCAAAGAUCGGGGUGACUUACUGGCUGGCAUCGAGGAAUUCCUUGACGAGGUCAUUGUGCUACCCCCAGGAGAGUGGGACCCUGAUAUCCGGAUUGAGCCCCCCAAAACCCUUCCGUCCUCAGACAAACGUAAGAACAACCUAGCAGGAGAUGGAUCCAAGCUUAAUGGUGAUGCUCCCACUGAAGGUGGUGCGGGAGGAGGUGGUGGAGGUCACCAUGUUGGAGACGAGCUCAAGUUCACUGGCAAGUUUUGUGGCGGUCUGAUUCUGGAUGUUAAGCGAAAGCUGCCAUUCUUUGCGAGCGAUUUUUAUGAUGCCGUGAACAUCCAGGCUUUGUCUGCUACUCUGUUUAUUUACCUGGGUACCGUAACAAAUGCCAUCACCUUUGGCGGCUUGCUUGGAGACGCCACAGAGAACAUGCAGGGUGUGUUAGAGAGUUUUGUGGGAACAGCACUAGCGGGUGCAGUGUUCUGUCUGUUAAGUGGGCAGCCCCUCACCAUCCUCAGCAGUACAGGACCAGUGCUGGUCUUUGAGCGGCUACUAUUCAACUUCAGCAAGGACCACACAUUUGACUACCUGGAAUUCCGGCUGUGGAUUGGUCUGUGGUCAGGGUUCUUGUGUCUGGUGCUGGUGGCGACAGAUGCCAGCUUCCUUGUGCAGUACUUCACACGCUUCACAGAGGAAGGCUUUGCGGCUCUCAUCAGCUUUAUCUUUAUCUAUGAUGCAUUCAAGAAAAUGCUCAAGCUUGCCCAUCACUACCCCAUCGACACCAGUAACCACUGGGACAUGGUCAAUCAGUAUGCCUGCUACUGCAUGCCUCCUGAGGGCAACGAUUCUGUCUCAGAGGAAAAAAUUGAAGCACUGUUCAACUCGACUGGAAAGCAGCACGGGAAUUCUACCUGGUCAUCGGUAACUCGGUCAGAGUGUUUGGAGUGGGGCGGAGUUCUGCAAGGAGGAUCCUGUGGCUUUGUUCCUGACAUCACACUGAUGUCAUUUAUCCUGUUCAUGGGCACCUACACCUGUUCCAUGGCCUUAAAGAAGUUUAAAACCAGCAGAUUCUUCCCCACUAUGGUGCGUAAGCUGAUCAGUGACUUUGCCAUCAUUCUGGCCAUUCUGAUCUUCUGUGGGAUUGAUGCACUGGUUGGUGUGGACACACCAAAACUAGAAGUGCCAAGUGAAUUUAAGCCUACAAGUCCAAACCGUGGCUGGUUUGUGCCCCCUUUUGGCAGAAACCCCUGGUGGGUGUACCUGGCUUCCUUCCUCCCCGCACUCCUAGUCACCAUCCUCAUCUUUAUGGACCAGCAGAUCACUGCUGUCAUCGUCAACAGGAAGGAGCACAGACUCAAGAAAGGUGCCGGCUACCAUUUGGACCUGUUCUGGGUGGCUGUACUGAUCAUCGUGUGCUCAUUCAUGGGCCUCCCGUGGUACGUAGCGGCCACCGUCAUCUCCAUCGCCCACAUUGACUCACUUAAGAUGGAGACCGAGACGUCAGCACCAGGCGAACAGCCCAAAUUCCUCGGAGUCAGGGAACAGAGAGUAACUGGACUGUGCGUCUUCCUCCUAACUGGCCUAUCAGUCUUCAUGGCACCUGUUCUUAAGUUCAUCCCCAUGCCAGUGCUCUAUGGUGUCUUCCUCUAUAUGGGAGUUGCAUCGCUAAAUGGAGUGCAGUUCAUGGAUCGCUUGAAACUGUUUCUGAUGCCAGCGAAACACCAGCCAGAUCUGAUCUACUUACGCCAUGUCCCCCUCCGUCGAGUUCACCUGUUCAGCUUCAUCCAGAUCCUUUGUCUCGCCCUGCUUUGGAUCCUGAAGUCCACUGUGGCAGCCAUAAUCUUCCCAGUCAUGAUUUUGGCCCUGGUGGCUGUGAGGAAGGCGAUGGAUUACAUUUUCUCUCAGCAUGAUCUCGGCUACCUGGAUGACGUAAUGCCAGAGAAAGACAAGAAGAAGAAAGAGGAUGAGAAAAAGAAGAAAAAGAAGAAGGGCAGCAUUGACAGUGACAUAAACUAUUCAGACUAUCCAGCCAAUGAAAAUAUUCCCAGUAUAAAGAUAUCCAUGGAGACGAUGGAGGAAGAGCAAAUGAGGGGAGAGAAACCCUCAGAGAGAAAUAAGCCCAUGUCAUUCCUCACUCCAUACUGACUCCCUGGGUUUCUGUCCGUCCCAGCCUGUGUCAAGCCAAGCCUAUUUAAGAAGUCUGUACCUCUAAACAGAGCUGAUGUGGACCCCAAACUCAACAGAUAUCUCUGGAGAUCUCAGGCGGAUGAGACAACCCUUUAGCCCUCAUGCUCUGUGCACUAGCUUUAUGCAAAGUCCCAGGCCAACUCUAGAUGUCUACAAAUACAAUUGUACAAUGGGAUAUAGCUUAUUUAUCUCAUUGAAUAGAAUUAUAUGUACAGUUGUGCUCAUAAAUUUACAUACCCCUUGCAGAAUCUGAAAAAUGUUAAUAUUCUUUUUUAAAUAAGAGGGAGCAUAAAAAUGGCAUUUUGUUUAUUUAGUACCGCCCUGAAGAAGAAAUUUACACAUAACAGAUGUUUACAUAUAUAACACAAGACUUAAUAAUAAUAAUA